GCAAAUUCUUGCCAGCUACUGCUCAAAAUUCCCAUUUAUCCUUUUUAAUACAUCUUAUUAGAGUCCGAGAAAGAGGAGGAAGAAGAAGAAAAAAGAAGAGAUGGGAGGAGGUAAUGGACAGAAGUCAAAGAUGGCUCGCGAGAAGAACAUGGAGAAGCAAAAAGCUGCUGCUAAGGGAAGUCAGCUUGAAUCAAACAAGAAAGCCAUGACGAUCCAGUGCAAGAUUUGCAUGCAGACAUUCAUUUGCACCACAUCAGAGGUGAAGUGCAGAGAGCACGCCGAAGCAAAACACCCAAAAUCAGACGUAUAUGCUUGUUUUCCACACCUCAAGAAAUGAAGUGAUGACGGGGGAAUAAUAAGAAUUUGUAGAGAUGGGUUCCAAGAACCCACUUAUAUGAUAAAGCAGUCCAUCCAAACUCUCUUGGCUAGUUAUUGUUAUGUAUGUGAAAUAUGUUUCUUUACUACGCUUGAUUUGCUUCUAAUUUAUUGACAAAAAAAGAA